AAAUCAAUGUCGACCUCUCUGCAUGAAAACCCUUCAUCUUUGUUCUUCCUUCCAAUUAUUACUUUCAUCACCUUCUUUGUUUUGCGAACUGUGAUCAAACUUUUAUCCAAAUGGAAUAAUAAUUCCAAUUCUGCAACAACCAGAGAAACCUCACCAGUAUCAUCAUCACCACCAUCUCCACCAAAGCUUCCUAUAAUAGGAAAUCUCCACCAACUUGGCACACUCACACACCGCACCCUCCAAUCCUUAGCUCAAACCUAUGGCCCUGUGAUGUUACUUCACUUUGGAAAAGUGCCAGUUCUUGUUGUCUCAACAUCUGAGGCUGCUCAUGAGGUUAUGAAAGCACAUGACCUCGUUUUCUCCAACAGACCACAUCGUAAGAUGGUUGAUAUCUUCUUCUAUGGCUCCAAAGAUGUGGCGUUUGCUCCGUAUGGCAACUACUGGAGGCAGAUAAGGAGUAUCUGUGUCUUGCAUCUUCUCAGUGCCAAAAAGGUUCAAUCUUUUGGUGCAGUACGCCAAGAAGAAAUCUCCAUAAUGAUGGAGAAGAUUAGGCAGUGUUGUUCUUCCUUGAUGCCUGUGAAUUUAACUGAUUUAUUUUCUACACUCACCAAUGACAUAGUGUGUAGAGUUGCUCUUGGAAAGAGAUACAGUGGAGAAGGAGGGAUUAAGCUUCGUGAGCCAUUGAACGAGAUGUUGGAGUUGUUGGGUGCUUCAGUUAUUGGAGACUUUAUACCUUGGCUGGAUUUGUUGGGAAGAGUUAAUGGGAUGUAUGGUAGAGCAGAGAGAGCGGCUAAACAGAUUGAUGAAUUCUUUGAUGAAGUUGAUAUGUUUUCUGCAAGUACUGAAACCACCUCCUCAGUUCUAGGGUGGGCGAUGACAGAACUCUUAAGGCACCCAAAUGUGAUGCAGAAGCUACAAGAUGAAGUGAGGAAUGUGAUUGGUGAUAGAAUUACUCACAUAAAUGAGGAGGAUUUGUGUAGCAUGCAUUACUUGAAGGUAGUGGUUAAAGAAACUUUGCGUUUACAUCCCCCAGUUCCCUUAUUGGUUCCAAGGGAAUCCAUGCAAGAUACUAAGGUGAUGGGCUAUGACAUUGCAAGUGGCACACAAAUAAUAGUUAAUGCUUGGGCAAUUGCAAGAGAUCCUUUGUAUUGGGACCAACCUCUAGAGUUUAAACCAGAGAGGUUCUUAAAUAGUUCAAUAGACAUCAAAGGACAUGAUUUCCAAGUGAUCCCAUUUGGAGCAGGAAGGAGAGGUUGCCCAGGAAUAACGUUUGCCCUUGUUGUGAAUGAGUUGGUCCUAGCAUACCUUGUUCAUCAAUUUAAUUGGACAGUGCCUGAUGGAGUAGUUGGGGAUCAAGCAUUGGACAUGACUGAAUCUACUGGAUUGUCCAUUCAUAAAAAAAUCCCUCUUGUGGCAGUUGCAUCCCCAAGUGUGAUCUCAACCAACAAGAAUGUGAUAUGUGAUUGUGUAGCAGUUACUCAAUGUCAGCUAAGCUAUGCAAGUUUCACCAACGAGGGGACCGGUGUCGCUGAGGACUUGGAUCUAGAUCUAGAGGCCUUGGUCGUAGUAGGAGAUGGAUCUAUCGAUCAGGCCAAGCAUAAAGAAGGUGUUGUCAAGCUGCAUGUAGUCAGAGAAGACGACGAGGGCAUGAUUGGUGCCACAUUCAAUGUCAGGGACUUGGAUAGUGCAUUUGAGGACAGGGACGGCUUCUUCGAAGUGUCCGAGGUUGUAGUAGAUGGCAACAAGGAUGUGGAAGCUCAUGGCAAGAUCGAGGUUGGACUCUCCCUUGAUGACACAGUGCUCAAAGGAUUUGGAGGCAAUGGUGUCACAAGUCGAGAUUCGGGUUGUCAAGAGAGGCAUCAGAAAGAAUUGGAGGGGUUUUAA